UAAAAAAUAUCUCCAUAGAAACUUUACGUAUGUUAAAGUAACUAUCGACCAUAUAUUAUGGAAAUUAUGAUCUAUUUUAAGAGUGCAGAAAUUCGGUUGGGUUCUGUCCAAAGGUUAAGGUUUUGGGCAUGAGUUUGGACCAUUUGGGAAAAGAAGUUCCCGCCUGACGUGCCACUGACAUGGACGAAUUUAAACUUCGAGCUGGGGAGAAAUUAGAUGCACUUCACGAGGCUGCUAAAGCAGUGGCAAAUGGAGGAAAGAAUAGAGUACAGGAUGUCGCUUCACAAACAACUGAACUCAUAAGAAAGAUACAUGAAGCGUUCUUAGAAUUAUGGCAGAACGAGUUAUUCAUUGAGAGCAGAGAACGUGUUGGUGUGUGGACGAGAGAUGCGGUACAACGGAUCAAAGAUGGCGCCCCACCGCUGUCGCCUGUACUACUUUAUGAAGAACUGGUGGCACUGUUUAAGGAUAGAAUGUGGCGUCGAAGCGUGGCUUUAUUCGCAUGUGGCGUAGUACUUGGCGGUAGUGCGGGGUUAUUACUAGGUCUGCGGGCGUCGGGCCGCGUACCGAGUGGACCACAUGCGCGGGCGCUACUCGCUCAGCCCGAUAGAGCGGUACUGUUAGUGGACGAUGCGGUAACGCCAGGGGCGGGUCCGGGUGAGGUAUUAGUACGGGUACAAGCGUUCAGCGUGUGCGCACGGGAUCGCGCUGUGCUCCGCGGGCGCGCCGCCGCUCUACGACCGCUCAUCACCCGCUCACAACUAUCUAUUGGAAGGGGAUUUGCUGGUGUGGUACUGGACGCGGGGCCCGGGGUGGCGUUAGAGUUAGGGGAUGAAGUGUGGGGCUGUGUCAGUGAGUGGAGCGGAGGUGCUGCCAGUGAACUGCUCACCAUCAGAAGUACUCGUGUCAGCAAACGUCCUCGUGGCUUAGCAGCGGACACCGCCGCGUCUCUACCCUGGGCGGGGACUCUGGCAUUAGAGGCACUGGAUAAAGCUCCAUACGGACUCGAUGGAUGGAAGGGAAAAAGAGUGGCCAUUAUCGGAGCGACGACGGGCGAAGGCCUAGCGCUCCUGCAGCUGCUGAGCCGCAAGGGAGCCCGCGCCUGCACCGCCGCGCCGCACUCACAUCGCACCACGCUACAUGACUUUGGUUGUGCAGAAUUCAUAGAGACGGAUGGAUCGCGGUCGUGGGCUGGCAUAGAGGCGAGUGCUGUACGCGCCGGUCUUUGGGACGCGCUCUUCUGCUGCGACGCGCACCACACCCCGCCCGCCGCGCCGCACCACCUCGCCGCGCUCCUCAAGUCGACGGCUCCAAAACGCGCGUUCAUAGACUUGCGACCGAGCGUGUUGUUAACAGAUCGCCUGCCUACCCCACUUUGGCUACUGUUCUGUGCCACUUUCUAUACUUUUAAAGUAUUAAGACGUUUCCUGGGUCUUGGCAGCCACACGGACUGGAUGGAACUGGACUGGCAGCUGUCUCCAGGACUGGACCAGCUCGCUGCACUGGUUGACUCCGGGUACCUCACACCCGCACUCGAUAAGGUGUACCUACCCCAAGACUUCGAAGCGGCGUUAGCGCACGCGUGCAGUGAUGAUGCUAUCGGUACCACCGUCAUUAGGUUCCCGUAAUCUUAUUAAAGAAUAGAAGAAGAAAAGAACCUUCUUACAAACGGAAUGUCUACUGUAAGAUGUAAGUCUUCCGACUUGACGACGGUCCAAGUGACUUUAGUAACUUUGAACGACGGUCCAAGUGACUUUAGUAACUUUGAACGACGGUCCAAGUGACUUUAGUAACUUUGAACGACGGUCCAAGUGACUUUAGUAACUUUGAACGACGGUCCAAGUGACUUUAGUAACUUUGAACGACGGUCCAAGUGACUUUAGUAACUUUGAACGACGGUCCAAGUGACUUUAGUAACUUUGAACGUCGGUCCAUUUUAUGAAAGGCCUACAAUGAAAU